AUGCCAUCACAAAAGUCCUCUCCUAAAACCAUUACAGAAAACCAUGUGGAGGUUUUUGACCCAGAUUUUAAGUUUAUGUACUUGGUGCCAACUAAUCUGGUCGUUCACACCCCACCAGCACGUUUGAAUAUUUCCCGUUUGGUUGUUUGCCGAAACUACAUACCAGGAAAGGAGGGUUCAUGUGUGAAGGAGGAAAAUUGUCGUUUUGUGCACGCUGAUGUGGACUAUGAUAAAUUACAGGCACAAUCGGUUCACGUGAACUAUAUUUGGCGUCAUGAAGACAUCUGCACUUAUAAGCGGUUACCUCCUGGUGAUGUUCUUGAAGUUGUGUCAUGGAAUGGAGCACAGAGGCCUGAUUUAAUUCCCAGUGAACGUAUCCUUGUGACACGACGAGCUUUAUCGCAUUGCGAACCGAACGGAUCUCCUCUUUCUCAUUGUGUUCAUUUUUAUUGUAAUCGUAUGUGUAACCGGGGUGAAAACUGUAAUUUCAUUCAUGCGAUUUAUGUGGACCCGAAUAUCACUAGGGAUUUUAAACGUGCUCCUGCACAACCGAUACCACGAUUUAAUGUGAGCAAUCGUUCAUCAAGGACAGAAACCUCCGAUCCUUCUGUUGGUUGGGUAAAUCAUUUUACUCCAAAUUCUCCGCAGUAUGGUUCUUUGCAUCCCCUAAAGCGAUGUAUUGCACCGACGCCCCCUCAAGCAAAAACACCAAUUUCUCUUCCUAUACCUUCUGCGAUGAAUGACCAGUGUGAGACGUACGGUACGAAGUCUACCACCCCCCCGGACGUCGUUAAGACGACACUCCUUGAGGGCAGCGAUAGCUGUCUUCAGCUGAGUGGUUCUUGUGCGGCCGCGGGCAAGACGGGGUUUGCGGCUCUGCAGUUCUCCGCCCCGGAGGGUCGCGGGCGGCAGCACUCCUUCAGCGGGAGUUUCGCUCCACCCGCCCAAGCUCCCAUGGCCGUCUCCCACCCCGGUGGCGAGGUGGGCAGCAGCAGCAGCAGCAGCAGCGUCGGUCUUCGCCCGGUCGCGAAGGGGUUCGACGGCAUCGCCGAGCGCUCGCGCAUGGAGAGUUCCGACGGCUUCACUGCCUCCCCUUCCGCCUCCACGCAGAGCGCCAACGCCUCCGUUGGCCAAACACCGCUACAGCCGCAACUCAGCUCACCGUACAUCGGGCCGUGGGGCACGGUGCUCUCGGGUUCCGCCUCACGCCGCUCAUAUCGACACAACCCGUACCUUCCAGUCCACAGCAAGGGAGUGGAGGGGUGA